UUUGUUGCGAGGCUCAGGCAGGGGUACGAGACCAUGCCCAAAUAAGGCCAGAGGGGAGGCCAUUUAAAGUUAGAGAUAGCAUGUGCUUGGCCAUUUGUUACAGGGGGACCAGUUCAGCAGGACAUUCAUUAGGCAAUUCAUUCAUUCAUUCACAAGAAUGAUGGGAGACCCAAUCCAGUUAAAAGAUGAAGGAAACAAACACUUUCAGGCCGGAGAUAUCGACCAGGCCAUUGAGUGCUACACUAAUGCCAUCAAAGUGUGCAAGGACAAGAAGGUGCUAGCUGUAAUUUACAGGAACAGAUCUGCAUGCUAUCUAAAAAAGGAAAACUACACAAAUGCAGCAUCUGAUGCAUCUAAAGCAAUUGACGUGGACGCAGCAGACAUUAAAGCGUUGUAUCGGCGCUGCCAAGCUCUGGAGAAGCUUGGAAAAUUGGACAUGGCUUUCAAGGAUGUACAGAGAUGUGCUACCCUUGAACCAAAGAACAAGACCUUCCUGGAAACUCUCCGCAGACUGGGAGCAGAAAUCCAGACCAAGCUCAAAACAACAUUCUCCACAGAUUCAAGGGUGCAGAACAUGUUUGACAUUCUCCUAAAUGAAGAAAUGGAGAAAGACAAGCAGGAAAAGGCUGCCAACAACUUGAUUGUGUUGUCAAGAGAAGACGCUGGAGCAGAGAGAAUCUUCCAGAAUAAUGGUGUGGCACUGCUACUCAACAUGAUAGAGACAGGCAAACCAGAAAUGAUCCUGGCUGCCGUGCGUACCUUGUCAGGAAUGUGCACAGGACACAAAGCUCGGGCCAUGGCAAUUGUUCACAUGGUGGGUGUUGAUAAGAUGUGCAGCAUCAUGGCAGUUGACAAUGAGGAGAUUGCACUGGCAACAUGCAACCUCUUCCAGUGCAUCAAUGAUUCCCUCUCUGGUGAAGACACAAGGGAAUAUGGGAAAGAAGCAGCCUUGGUCAUGGAUGCAUCUAAAGACCUGAAAACCAUUCUGCUCUCUCUGCUGGAGAUGGUCGCUAGUAAGAAAGUGUCUGGUCACGGCAGAGAUCAGGCUCUUAACCUCCUGACCAAGAACGUACCUCGCAAAGACAAGAAAGAGAGCAACAACUCGAGGACUCUCUUCACCAUUGACCACGGUCUGAAGAAGAUCCUUAAGGUCUGUGGUCAGGUUCCUGAACUGCCAGACCAGUUGCCGUUAACUGAGAACACACAGCUGAUCGCUAGCGUGCUCCUCAACAAGCUCUAUGACGACCUCAAGUGUGACCCAGAGAGAGACAACUUCAGGGAUAUUUGUGAUGAAUAUGUCAAAUCCAAAAUUGACCCCAACAAUAUGGACAAGACGCUUCAUGCCAUCAACACCGUCUCAGGGCUGCUGCAAGGUCCCUUCGAUGUAGGUAAUGCCCUGGUUGGACGGCAAGGCGUCAUGGAGAUGAUGGUGGCACUGUGUGGCUCCGAACGAGAGGUGGACCAGAUGGUUGCUGUGGAGGCGCUGAUCCAUUCCUCCUCAAAGAUGAGCCGUGCCAGCUUCAUUAUUACCAACGGUGUGUCGAUGCUCAAGGACAUUUACAAGAAGACCAAAAAUGAGAGGAUCAAAAUACGUGCGCUGGUGGGUCUCUGUAAACUGGGCUCAGCUGGAGGCGAUGAUUACAGUAUGAGGCAGUUUGCUGAGGGCUCCACGGAGAAGCUGGCCAAGCAGUGCAGAAAGUGGCUCUGUAACCCUCAGAUUGAUACCAAAACAAGGAAGUGGGCCAUUGAGGGUCUUGCUUACCUGACCAACGAUGCUGACGUAAAAGACGACUUUGUGGAGGAUGAACUUGCAAUGAAAGCCAUGUUUGAACUGGCAAAGUCCAAGGAUAAAACAAUCUUAUAUGCAGUUGCUUGCAUCUUGGUUAACUGCACCAACUGCUAUGAGAAGAAGGAGAUCAUACCUGAGCUGGUUCAGCUUGCCAAGUUCUCAAAACAGCAUGUGCCGGAGCAACACCCGAAGGACAAGAAAGACUUUAUCGAGAAGAGAGUGAAAAGGCUGGUGAAGGCCGGAGUCACAUCAGCUCUUGCUGUCAUGGUUAAAGCAGACAGCUCCAUCUUGACUGAUCAGACCAAGGAGAUGCUGGCAAGGGUUUUCUUGGCAUUGUCAGAGGAUCCCAAAGAUCGUGGUACUAUUGUUGCCCAAGGUGGGGGAAAGGCAUUGAUACCACUUGCUCUGGAAGGGACAGAAGCUGGAAAGGUGAAAGCCAGCCACGUUCUUGCCAAGAUAGCGUCUAUUUCCAACCCAGAAAUCGCCUUUCCUGGUGAAAGGGUGUAUGAGGUGGUGCGACCUUUAGUUAACCUCCUUCAGACAGAUCGAGAUGGAAUGCAGAACUAUGAAGCUCUGAGAGGUCUCACCAACUUGGCUGGUUUCAGUGAAAAACUAAGAGUGAAGAUUGUAAAAGAGAAGGCUUUACCAGAGAUUGAGAACUACAUGUUUGAGGACCACGAGCAGAUCAGACAGGCCGCCACUGAAUGCAUGUGCAACCUUGUAUCAUGUAAAGAGGUGCAAGAGCGUUACCUGCAGGAUGGCAACGAUAAACUGAAGCUGCUGGUGCUGCUAUGUGGUGAAGAUGAUGAGAAAGUUCAGAUAGCUGCAGCUGGAGCUUUGGCUAUGCUCACCAGUUCUCAGAAGAAGCUGUGCAUGAAGAUGACCCUUGUGACAACCCAAUGGCUCGAGAUCCUGCAGAGGUUAUGUCUCCACGACAACCCUAUGAUACAGCAUCGUGGUCUUGUGAUUGUCUACAACAUGCUCAACUCAGACAACAACGAGCUGCCCAAGAAGCUGAUCGAGUGUGAGAUGCUGGAAAUCCUCACAGUGAUUGGCAAGGCGGAGGACAAUCCUAAGAGGCAGGCGGCCAUUGAUGUGGCACGCACAUGCCUGGUCACAGCUAUGGAUCUCGGGCUUAUCAAACCCUUCAGCACCCCUUCCUAAAACCCAAGAAGCCAAACAACAACAACAGCGAUGGACGUUCUUCUUUAUUUUCUCUGUUAAAUAGAGACCUGUUUCCAGAAGGUUUUUUUUGUCCACCUCAGAUAUUAAAUGAUUCAUCAACCUGAUUUCAAAACUAAAUAUAAUCCCUCAUGUUUUGUUUUCUUUUUCUAAUUUUUUUACAGAGAUUGUUUUGGGUAGUUUGUCCCACUGUGUAACAUCUCUUUUUCUGCUGUAUUAGAAGAAAUGUAUUAGACUAUUUCUUUUUGUGCCUUAAAGUUUAAAUAUUGUUUACAUGGCAUUUGUGUGGUUAAAUUAGACGAAAUAUACCAUUUAAAUAAUAA